AUGCCAAUCUUCGCCCCCGCCCCUCAAGAAUACCUCGUGACACUCCCAACGGAGCUCAUCCUUAUCAUCGCCGAGAACCUCCCGGCUGCGGACCUUGCUGCCCUCAUCCGUACCUCCCACCUUCUCCAUACCCUCCUCGCUCACGCCCUCGACCCCCACUUCGUCGCAUCCGCCCCCAGAAUCCUUCUCUGGGCGGCCCGAAGAAACAGUCCCCUCCCCCUCCAGCGCGCCUUGUCUCUCGGGACCCCCGUCCCAGCCGACCUGGGCCUAUGCCGUCACACCCUCCUCUACGAGUCCGCCCGUGAUGGCCACGCGCAGACGGUGCGCGUGCUGCUGGCCAUCGGGGUUGACCCCAACACCAAGAGCUAUGACUCGACACCCCUGUUGAUCGCGGUGCGUCGCGGGCAUGUGAGCGUGGCAAGGAUGCUGCUGGAGGCGGGUGCAAAUGUCCAUCAGAGCUUUUCGUGGAAUCCAGAAAAGACACCGAUGAUGGUGGCGAGGACCUAUGCCCGCGUCGUUAAUGAGGAGAUGGUGAACCUGCUGUUGGAGUUUGGCGCCGGGGAUGAAGGUAUACAUGGGCCGAAAGACUUGGGGAGUAACCCCAGACUCCAUGCAAAAAGAAGGCGCGUGUCUGGUGGUCUCGGUCUGCCAAGCUUUCCUAGUCUUCCUCGCCCGCCGAGUCUUUCUGGUGGUCUCAGACCACCGAGUCUUUCUGUCCCCGCUCCAGCGCCCCGCCCCCGUGCCGGGAUGUCUGUACGGCGUAGAUCCGCUCGUAUCUCUGCACUGAGUUCUGGCCGUGCACGGCGUAGGCGGUAG